GGAACAUAUCAAGUCUAGUCCGCAAAUGCCCCGAGGACGACGGCCGGGCUGUUGUCGCGUCAGACUUGCCGCUUUCCGUCUCGUUGAAGCAGGGUUAGAACAGAAGCCGGGGAUAGAAUCCCUUCUCCAUGUUCUCCAGAUGGCAAGCAAGACAGGCGCCACCCUCUCAGAACUGGGAAACAACGAUAUCGCUGGAAGUGUGCUAACUAGCGCCGCAAAGUAUGAAGAGCUCUUGCGAAACGCACAAGACCCGGAUGGCACGCAUCGUCAGGCUAGAGCGCGCGCUAUAGUAGUCUACUUCUCCAGUCGCAUGGAGGCUGCAUGGCAGGAAGGAAAUCAUACCGUAGCUGAUUUCAUGUCCUCCAAGAUAACGGACGAUGACCAGCGUCUCGCACUACUACCACCUCAUGAUCGUACUCUUCUGGCUACCAAGUUCCAUAGCAUUGGGAGGGCCAUAUUAAAAAGCCACGCCGCAUCGGACAACAACGGAACGAAGGCUGCAGAUGCUGUGGUGUGGUUACAGAACGCAUUCACCAUGGCGGACCAACUAGACGACUCGGCCGUGUCCGGUGUGCCACAACUAAAGAUAUCGAUGCUGAGAACUCUAGCAAGAGCGUAUUUCCUUUCGGGGUCAUACGACAGAGCAGAAGCCACACUUGACGAACUCGUCCCAUCCAUAGAUUCCUCAGAUGAUCCCGCAAGCUCCGAAUAUCAAGAACUUCGAUGGCUGCGAUUGGCUAUCCUUAAACGGCGAAAAGCUGGCGAUCCAGCUCUGUUAGAUGCAUUCAAGUCUAUAAUUGAUCACAUGGAAUUAACGGAGUCUCGAAUAACUGACAUUCUACAGGACUUGCGAACAAUCAGCCACCAACAUACCCUCGUUACUGCCGUCAAUCAGCACUGUCUGAAACAGGCUCUAGCAUGUUCUGACCGGUCCUGCGGUCAUGUUGACCGACUGCUUCUCUCGUUGAUCGUCCACUGCUCGAAAGACGAAGACCACGCCAGAGCAAUGGUGGCCAUCGAUUCAUCGUUCACAUCCAUUUGCGAAGCAGACUACGAACUUCCGAGUGUACCGGCAACAGCAUGUCUUACGCUUUUAUGGCAAUAUGGUGAUCGUCACUAUCACGCAAAGAGAUGGUCGGACGCGGCAGAUUGGUUUAUUGCCGGUAGUCACAAGCUGUUCCGAAAAAACUGCCCAACAAGUAGCUCGAAAUGUUACCGGAAAGCGGCACUUUGUUAUAUCGAGCACCGGGAGUAUGCUAAGGCUUCGGCCGCCAUCCGCCGCUGUCCCAUCACCGAAGCAGCUACUCAUUAUGUUAUAUUCCUUACUGCUGUUCAUCAAGGCAUCGAUGAUGAAGCCAUUAGAGCUGUCCAGGACAUGAUGAAAUCACUUGAUUUCGACCGAAAGAUGCUCCUUCUAGCCACACAGAUUUCACAUGAAUCAGAGAACAAGCGGAUCCUUCUAGCUGCCCUGGAAGCUCUUCUCAAGACCCUGAAACUUUCAAAGGGCGGUGAGACUGUAGUGGAAGCGAUGUCGUUGCUUCGCUGCAUCAUCAAGCUUGUGCUCAAAUUGCUUACCGAGCCUGCCGCUGAUAAACCAGUCCUUAUUGGUGCAAUGGUGGAGCACUUCCAGACGGCGAAGAUCCUCAUCGAAGCUGCCAACGCUCAAAAGGCGUUGGAUCUGAUAAGCAAAGAUGUCUCAUGGUUAUGGAGAACAGCAUUCAACUGCGCUGUGCAAGGAUGUUCGGAGUGGGAAGGUUCGGGCAGCGAGGGGCGGAUCUCGGAUAUGUUUGACAUAGCGCGAGAUCUGCUAGAAACGUGUUGCCAGGCAUCAUCGACAUCACCUGUAGACGUCGAUGCGGAAGUUUAUUUACAUCUCAUCAUUGCGUCGUUCUCCGGAGUCUCCGGCCGGAUCUUCACACUCCGGCAAUCUCGGGAACCCGACACGGAGACCAGUAUCAAUGCCCGGAUACGUGAUAUAUCCUCGGAAAUCAGGACGUGUCGGGAGAGGGUUGAGGAGAUCCAGGGGAAGGGAGUGAUUACGGAUGAGAAUGAUUUGAUGAGGGUGGGGUAUUUUUUGCACACGUUGAGGGUGUUUGAGGUGGAGAUGCUGGUCAGGUUGGGGGAGUGGGAGGCGGUGGGCAGGGUCGUUGGGGAUACAGUUAAGGCUGGUCCGCUAGCGGCGAGCACGUACGAGGCGAUUGCGGAUGUUCUGUGGGUGAAGAAAGAUUGCCCGAUCAACAUUCUUUACGUGGGGCUGGAGUCCAUCCUCCGCGCGAGCCUCGAUCACAACUCGCUCUCGAUUGACAAGUUCUCGAGGUGGCUGAGAGCGCUGUGCACGAUUAUGAUAGCGAGGAAUGAUCGGCUCAAGGCGAUUGGGUACGUCGAGCAGGCGGUCGGAGUUAUUAAGGGAAGUGUUGGAAGCGAUGAGCCUUACCCCAUGGACGAGCGUUUCUGGUUGCUGAGCACAGCGUAUAACGUUGGGUUUGAAUGCCUGGAGUCAUCGGCGUUUGAUGAAGCCAAGAGAUGGUUCGAAUCGAGCACGGUUAUUUGUAGGUACGUGCCUGGGGGGAAGGAACGGGCUGAAAAGAUCUCGGAUACGUAUACGCGCUUGUUGGAGAGAUGUGCGACUGGGUAAACGUGCGGUGCUUCUCGUCUGUGGUUCUCGC